AUGACCCCUCCGUUAACACCACACGGAACUCAGGGCGCAACCAUGGAGCAAGUGGAAGCUCCGAGGCCUGUUUUUCACAACUAUUUGCGAGCUUUCUAUCCUUUUCACCCGGCCGGCAAUGUCUCUCCGUCGACCGUUACACUUCCCUUGGACCAGGGAGACAUCGUUUUGGUCCAUUCCGUUCACACCAAUGGCUGGGCCGAUGGUACACUUUUAGAUUCCGGCGAGCGAGGCUGGCUACCCACGAAUUAUUGCGAGGCGUAUGACCAAUUGGCGAUGCGUCCUUUGUUGAAGGCCUUGACUGAUUUCUGGGAUAUCAUUCGAGGAGGAUGUGGCUCAUCAUUAAGGGACUUUGGAAACCAAGACUUGAUGAGGGGCCCUAUCGCCGGAGUUCGGUUUCUGCUGGUAAGUGCCAACGAGAAUUGUGGGAUCCAUGAGAAAACCACAGGGCUUAUAAUUGCGCAGGAAAAAUCAGAAUGUCUGACUCGAGAAUCGAUCUUGAUAAGAAGAUUUGAGGGGCUGCGGAGGAUCCGGAAGGCCUUACUAUCUGAUCUGUCUUCGCUGGUGAAAACUGCGAAGAAGUUCCAGGAGGUCGCCAAUGGGAUCCCGUCAGAAGAUGAAGUUGAGGCCAUUUUGGAUGAGAUGCUGCUGAAGGCUUUUAAGAUUGUCACUCGCGGUGUCCGAUUCCUCGAUAUAUGGAAUGAAGAAGUGGGAUUGAGCAGGACUAUCGCCCAGUUGGAUGCGGCCAGCGAAAGCCAAGCCCAUCAUGAUAUGCCGCCUACCCCUGCAUCCGCGAGCUUCAGUAUAUCCGAGACCGGUGACCGAGCCGAAUCACGAAUGUUGGAAUCACGAAUGGAGUCACGACAGAUGAAUCAUAGUCGCAUGGAUAUGAGUCGGGCAUCUAUGCGCACUGAAUCCGCUGAUCAGCCCAGACCAGUAUCUGUCGCGACUAAACGAGUUUCUGUGUCCCACCGAAUGUCUCUUUCCGGCCCUUCUGCUGCCAUUCGGGCUCAGAACCUGGCAUCUGAACGCCUGGGAGUGACAUAUGACGCGUUUCUCGGCGUGCUAGGUUCGUUCCUGGGGCUUCACAUGCAGUCGAGAUCCUCAACGGAGCUGGUUGCCACCACCCAGCAGGCUGUCCAGUCUUGCCGGGGUUUGCUGAAUGUAGUCGAAGCAGUAUGCGAGCAUGAUACCCAGCGGAGCGUACUCCUCGAUCAGGCGCGAUACACCAUGUGCGAGAAGCUAUCCGAGCUGGUUCACGCUGCACGAGAGGUGUUCCAUCCCGCACAGCUACCAGAUGAUGACUUAGUAUUCAUGCCAGACGAGGGUAAGCGCCUUGUACACGCCGCAACGGACUGUGUCAGAGCAGCCGGGAAUUGUUUGGCAAAGGCUCGCCAGGUGCUUGAGCAAAUUGGUGACAUUGAGCUCGACUCUGAAGACCAUGAACCUAAGGCUCAGGAUCUGUCUGCAACUGCCCCUCCACAAGAAAAAUCCGAGACCUCAGCGGAAGAGCGACAGGAGAUCUCACUUCGUCUCCCCCCACCACCUAUCCUGAUUCCCACCACCCAUACCACCUACUCUCCCCCUACCCCUGCUCUCACCGACGCCACAACUCCCUCCUCUUUCCAAUCUCACCUUUCAACUUCUUCUGUCAACAUGUCUGCCCUAUCUUCCCUUCCCAAUUCAGCCAUCCUCCCUACACACCUGGAAGGCAUUUCAUCUUUCUCUACCGUCGAUUCUUAUCGUGAAAGCCAUCCGAAAUCCGACGGAAGUGAGUCGUUCGGCCGUGGAGUCACUAGCAACGGUAGCAGCUUCACCUACAACAGCCACACACGUGACUCCGAGAUGAGCGGCUUCUCACAGACCUCGACCCUGGUUGCUUCUCCUGACAUUGGGGGCAGUUUCCCGGGUAGCUUCAAAGUCCCCUCACUGAAGGAAAGCCUGAGCUACUCCACCCUCGCCGAGGAGAAUGAGGAGACCGAGGCUAACGUCCUGGAGAGGACCUACGCACAUGAACUCAUUUACAAGGAAGGCUCAGUGAUGGGUGGCAGUCUCCGUGCUCUCAUUGAAAAGCUUACCGCUCACCAAUCCACCCCGGAUGCUAUGUUCGUUUCAACCUUCUACCUCACCUUCCGCCUCUUCGCAACACCUCUGGAGUUUGCCGAGUCUCUCGCCGAACGUUUCGAGUACAUCGGCGACACACCUCACGCAGCUGGACCUGUCCGCCUGCGUGUGUACAACAUCUUCAAGGGUUGGCUCGAGUCCCACUGGCGCCAUGAUCGUGACAAUACUGCGCUGAAGUUCAUGCUCAACUUUGCGAAAACAAGGCUUUCGGCUGAUCUCCCCGCUGCUGGCAGGCGUCUGAUCGAGUUGGCUGAGAAGGUUUCUGCAGUCGGUGGCCCCCUUGUGCCUCGUCUGGUCUCUUCCAUGGGAAAGACCAACACAUCCAUCGCUCAAUACAUUGACCCCAGCACACCGUUACCACCACCUAUCCUUGGUAAGAAGGAGCUCAACUUGCUGAAGCAAUGGAAGAAUGGCGACGCCGCAAUCACUCUUCUGGAUUUUGACCCGCUUGAACUGGCCCGUCAGUUGACAAUUAAAGAGUCACGCAUUUUCUGCUCAAUCCUCCCCGAGGAACUCCUGGAGACGCAAUGGACCAGACCGACAGGUUCGAUCGCUGUCAAUGUCCGAGCCAUGUCGACUCUGUCCACCGAUCUUGCCAACCUUGUCGCUGACUCCAUCUUGUACCUCGAGGAGCCCAAGAAGCGUGCCGCUACGAUCAAGCAUUGGAUCAAAAUUGCGAACAGAUGCCUGGAACUGAACAACUACGAUUCGCUCAUGGCUAUUAUCUGCUCAUUGGACUCGUCUAUGAUCUCCCGACUGAAGAAGACCUGGGAUAUCGUCUCCCAGAAGACCAAGACAACCCUCGAGCAGCUUCGCAGCAUCGUGGACGUCUCCCGAAACUACGCAGUUCUCCGCCAGCGCCUUCAGAACCACGUGCCCCCAUGUCUUCCAUUCGUUGGUACCUACCUCACUGAUCUCACCUUCGUCGACCAUGGAAACCAGUCUGUCCGCACCCUAUCCACCGAUGAAAGUGAAAUGACCGUGAUCAACUUCGAUAAGCACGUGAAGACAGCCCGUAUCAUCAGCGAGCUCCAGCGAUUCCAAAUUCCCUACCGCCUGACCGAAGUAGCCGAGCUCCAGGCCUGGAUGCAAAAUGAGCUCGUUCGUGUGCGCUCCAACGGUGAACCAACCAACCAAACCUUCUACCGCCGCUCUCUGGUGCUUGAGCCCCGAGAAAUCUCCCGUGCUCCACCCACUCUCCCACCUCAGUCCGAGUCCAACAAUUCCAUCCUCGACAAUGCUAAGGACAAGUUCGACUUCCUCUCAUGGACUCACCCGUCUAAGGCUAAAUCCGUCCCUACUCAUGGGUAA